CUUAAUUUGCGAGACCUUACAUUUCAAACGGGGCGAAAAAAGAUCCUCUCACAACUGACUGUGGACCUGGCCAGCCAGAGCUGCUUUUCCUUUUGCCACAGCAGCAAACAGCAAGAGCUCAGCGUGGGAAAUCAGUGAGCAGCCGGGGACGAGCAGAAGCGCCUCUCCAGCACGCUCUGGGCUCAGGAAAGCAAACAGCACCCAAGGACAAAGUGGUCCGAUGGAGGUGACUGAGGGAAGGGCUGGGAAGCCCCUGAUUUCCCACCAGCACAGGCAAGGGCACGCAGGGAUGAGCGAGCACUGGAGAAGGAGCCGCACAGCUCCUGCACAGCCCUGACGCUCCGGAGGCAGAGGGGGCACGGCCAGCCAGGGCUCAGCACAGCACUGGCACUGCCCCAGCCCUGAUCUCCUUUCUCUGCCUGACUCCUGCAGCUUCCUUCCAAGGAAAAAUGAGAGGGAUGAGCUUUGCCAAAUGACAGAGAACACACCGACUCCACACGGAGCGUCCUGCCCUGGUGGAAAUGGCCAUCAUGCCCCAGAGGAGUCACGGCAGCCCAGGAUGUGCAGGCAGAGCGGAUUUCAAGAAGAGUUUUUGUAAAUGUGGGGAGAACAAGGAGCUUCGUGAAAUAAAGUUUGGAGAGAGAAAGCUCAGCUUUUUUUGGGUUGACUUUAUUCAGAGGGUCUUCACACCCACUUCCUACUGACAGCUUGUUUCUGUGUAGUUGCUGAAUUCUGGUGCUUUGCCUCUAUUUAAAAACCAAAAGUAAUUAAAACUUCCUGGGAACUGUGAAAGCAGCAAGAAAUACUUGGACACAUUGAGAGACGAGAUAUUUGGAAGCCUUCUGCUGGUAGCUAGGCUGUUUUCCCAAAGGUGGCAGCUACAGAAGUUCGUAGAUGAGAGGGAAAAUCUCCCUGUCGCAUCCCAUUGAAAUCUCCAUUUUAGGCACUGCUGCUCCACUGCUGCUCAGGUCCUUCCAUCGUCCCGCUGCAGCGAGCAGAGCCAACCCUGGGCAGCCCUCUAAAAUGUUUAUUUGGACCAGUGGCCGGGGAUCUACAUCUUACAGACAUGAUGAGAAAAGAAAUAUUUACCAAAAAAUCAGGGAUCACGACCUACUGGACAAAAGGAAAACAGUGACAGCCCUGAAGGCUGGAGAGGACCGAGCCAUCCUGCUGGGGCUGGCCAUGAUGGUGUGCUCCAUCAUGAUGUACUUCCUGCUGGGAAUCACCCUGCUGCGCUCCUACAUGCAAAGUGUCUGGACAGAAGAGACUCAGUGCUCACUGCUCAAUGCAUCCAUCACAGAAACCUUUAACUGCUCAUUUAACUGCGGCCCAGAGUGCUGGAAAAUCUCUCAGUACCCCUGCCUGCAGGUGUAUGUUAAUCUCACCUCUUCUGGCCAGAAGCUUCUACUCUACCACACCGAGGAAACAAUGAAAAUUAAUUCUGAGUGCUCAUACAUCCCCAAGUGUGGGAAGAACUACGAGGAGUCCAUGUCGCUGGUGAACGUGGUGAUGGAAAACUUCAGGAAGUACCAACGCUUCUCCUGCUUCUACGACCCUGAGGGCGUGCAGAAGAACGUGAUCCUCACCAAACUGUACAGCUCCAACGUGCUCUUCCACUCCCUGGUGUGGCCCACCUGCAUGAUGAUCGGCGGGGUGGCCAUCGUGGCCAUGGUAAAGCUGACUCAGUACCUUUCCCUGCUCUGCGAGAGAAUCCAGAGGAUCAGCAGAUAGGAAAGGAGACUCCUCCGAAAUUUAAUACUGUUUUUUCUCAUUCUUCACCAAAGAACCUUAAGUUUGUAAUGUGCAAGUCUGGUAUAAGUUCCUUACUAUAUUCUUCUAAGUAGAGCAAUAAUGCAAAAGCUGUUCUAUAUGCAAACAUGAUGUUAUUAUUAUGCAGACGACUGAAGAAGUUCCUGUUUUGUGUUGA